UCCGGCCGGGGCGGAGGCUCAGAGGGGUCGGACGGGCCGGGCUUCGUGCUCGGUACGGUUGCGGUGACGGUGCGGAGUCGCCGGGCGCGACGGCCAGGGCAGCCGGGGCCUGAGCGGCGCUGCGGGCGCGCGGGCCGAGCUGGGCUGGCCAUUAUGGAAGAAGAGGUGCAGCAGCACUCACACUGUGUGAACUGUGUCAGUAGACGGUGUAUGACCAGACCAGAGCCUGGGAUUUCCUGUGACUUGAUUGGUUGUUCUUUGGUUUGUGGAGCAGUUUUCCAUUCUUGUAAAGCUGAUGAGCAUCGACUCUUGUGUCCCUUUGAACGAGUACCUUGUUUAAAUAGUAACUUUGGAUGUCCAUUUACCAUGGCGCGAAAUAAAGUCGCUGAACAUCUAGAAAUGUGUCCUGCAAGUGUGGUGUGCUGUACAAUGGAAUGGAACCGAUGGCCAGUUAGUUAUGCAGACCGGAAAUCAUAUGAAAAUCUAAGCAGAGAUGUUGAUGAAGUGGCACAAUUAGACAUGGCCUUGGCUCUUCAAGAUCAAAGAAUGCUUUUGGAAUCUCUCAAAGUGGCCACCAUGAUGUCAAAAGCAACUGAUAAAAUAUCUGAACCUAGAGAACAAAUUUCAGUGAAAUCAAGUGUUCAGGAAAUGCCAUGUACUAAUGGGUUAGUAUCUGUUGAUGAAGAAUCUUAUGGUGCACUUUAUCAAGCUACUGUAGAAACAACCAGAAGUUUGGCUGCUGCUUUAGAUAUCCUGAAUUCUGCCACAAGAGACAUUGGUGUAUUAAAUACAAGUCUUCAUGCCACCACAGAUGAUAUGGAUGAGAAUAACAGAGAUAGCGUUCAGGACAGAAACUUAAAAGACCAGGACCACCUUGAUGAGGAUGAGAUAGGAGCAGUAGGUGGAGUUGACCAUAAUGGCACAAGUCAGAAUGCUCAGUUUGAACAAAAUGGUUCAAGUGAUUUACUGUGUGACUUACGUGCAAGUUCUGUUGGUACUUCUACUCUUUGUAAUGGCUUUCCUUUGGAAAAUACGUGUUCACAGGUCAAAGACCAGGAUCACAGUUUUCCAGCUGAUUCCAUAGAAAGAAAUAUAGAAAAUGGAGAAUGUGCGGCAGCAGAUGGUACUUCAGAACCUUCCAGUUCACUUUUAGUAGCAGCGCAACUUAGGGAAAUAAUUCCUUUCAGUGCUUUGCCGGAUAGCACAUUUCAACAUAUCCUCAUGCCACAUGAAGAUGGUGAGGAGGACUUGUAUUGGAAGAAGGUAGACUUAGGGAGCUUGAAGGAUCUUGAUGAAUCACACUUCAGUCAUGCUCCUUCAUUCAAGUUUCUUUCUAAUUCAUGGUAUAUACCAAAGGAAGACAAAGCCGUCGAUACAUCAGAUUUAGAAGUUGCAGAAGAUCCCAUGGACCUCCAAGGAAUAGAUCUGAUUACAGCAGCAUUACUGUUUUGUCUGGGAGAUUCUCCAGGUGGGAGGGGUAUAUCUGAUAGCCGCAUGGUUGAUGUUUAUCAUGUUGACUUUGGAACACAGACUUUUUCACUUCCAUCUGCAAUAUUAGCUACAGAUACAAUGGUUGGAGAAAUAGCUUCAGCUUCAGCAUGUGAUCAUGCCAAUCCACAGCUUUCAAAUCCAAGCCCUUUUCAGACACUUGGGCUGGAUUUAGUUUUGGAAUGUGUUGCUAGGUACCAGCCUAAGCAGCGUUCAAUGUUUACCUUUGUAUGUGGACAGUUGUUUAGAAGAAAAGAAUUUUCUUCCCAUUUUAAGAAUGUGCAUGGUGACAUUCAUGCUGGACUCAAUGGGUGGAUGGAACAGAGGUGUCCUUUGGCUUACUAUGGUUGCACCUACUCUCAGCGUAGAUUUUGUCCAUCCACACAAGGAGCAAAGAUUAUACAUGAUCGCCAUUUAAGAUCAUUUGGAGUUCAGCCAUGUGUGUCUACAGUAUUAGAAGAGCCAUCUAGAAACUGUGUGUUGGGAUUACGUAGUGACCAUCUAAGCAGUCUCCCAUUUGAGGUACUGCAACAUAUUGCAGGCUUUCUUGACGGCUUCAGUUUAUGCCAGCUUGCGUGUGUAUCUAGGCUAAUGAGAGAUGUGUGUGGCAGUCUACUUCAGUCUCGUGGAAUGGUAAUAUUGCAAUGGGGGAAAAAGAAGUAUCCAGAAGGAAAUUCAUCAUGGCAGAUAAAGGAAAAGGUAUGGCGAUUCAGUACUGCAUUCUGUUCUGUUAAUGAAUGGAAAUUUGCUGACAUCCUAAGCAUGGCUGACCACUUGAAGAACUGCAGUUACAAUGUUAUAGAGAAACGGGAGGAAGCAGUCCCACUGCCGUGCAUGUGUGUGACUCGAGAACUCACUAAAGAAGGACGUUCACUCCGCUCAGUUUUAAAGCCCGUGCUCUAAGAACUGUGUUUACUUGCACAUACAGGCAAGCACCUGGUCUGAGUUCUUUGUAAUAUGUGACACUGUAUUGAUGUAUUAAAGAUUACAACUAACUAAAUUUAUUGUCACUAUGUACAUACUGUUUUGCUGUGACAUAUAUUUUUAUAAUGUACUGUUACUUGGAAAAAAUUGCCUUAAUAUUUGAAAUGUGUGAAAUUGUUGGAACACUGCUAGACAGGGUAAUUAAUCUUUAUCUGCAUAAUUUUUCAAAUUACUAAUUUUAAUGGUGAGCAUAUUUAAGUUCUAAAAAUUUUUGUUUCUCAAACUGAAAAGAACUUGACCAAAAAAUUUAUUGUUUAUGUUUUCUGUGGGUUGAAGCCCAUAUAAUCAGAAGCAAAACUUUGAUUCAAAAUUUUUCCUGCAUAGAUUUUUUUCACAGAACACAUUCAGUUAUUUAAACACUGCCAGAAGAUUGUUAUUUUUUCUGAUACUUUUCUAAUUAGUGAUCGUAUGUGAUCUCCAGUACUUACCUAAAGGCACAAUAAUGACUUCAUGCUUUUAAAACAACUCACAGAAAUGCGUUCAUCCUCUUUUCUUACUACUCUUAAGCUGAAAAUGAUCAUAUUCAGUUCUUUUUUCAUUAAAUUACAUAUCUGGAGUCAAGGCACAAUGUAUUAUAUGACAGAUUAAAGUAAAAACAAAGCAAGCCUAUGAAUUUAACUUGAAAUUUUUCAUGGUGUUUCAUAUUUUCCUAGGUAUCUAAUGUUUGAAAAGAAAAUAUACCUCACUAUAAGUUUGAAUUUGACAUAUUGUUUGAAUAAACUUUAAAUAUUCAGAAUACAAAGGGUUUGACUUUUUCAGGGGCUUUUAAAAUGUUUAUAUAGUGAACUAUAUGUCCAUAAAAAUAGACUGGUAUUGUUUUAAGACAUUUUAAAAAUUGAAAUUUUGUCGGUUAUCAUCAAACAGAGACCUCUCUUGGUUGAUAAUCUUGAAACGUUCCCACAGCUCUGCUUCACACACUGCUCUGUUAGAACAUAAGAAUUGUGUCGUUUCUGGGAAGAUCAAGUGUGGUUGUGAAUAGUCAAGAGCCUACAGUUUUCAAAUUGAUGUGUACCAGUUCACUUAAUGUGCUUGUUUUAAAGAGAUGAACAUGCAGUGUCAGUAUUUAGAAGUAGAUUCCAGAGGCAGAGACGGAAGUGACUUGUCUAGAUGAAUGCCGGCAGUGCUAAGCUGAAAUGGGUGGUGAUGUUGAAAACCACCUGUGUCUGCUCUUUCUGUGGUUUUCAGAGUGCUUUGUAGUUACUGGUUUCUGUUUCUCAGAUAAGGUAGUCAGACUGGGGAAGAGGGAUCCUUGGGCAUUAAACAUGGAUUCUCAGCUGCUCCGGAUGUGUUGGCAGCGUCAAGUUCUUAUUAGAGUUGGUGGUAAAACUAGUCACUUGUGUUGCCUCAUCUGCCGUUUAACUUAGGAGAGUUUGUAAUUUCGGUGCUUAAACUUUUUUUUCAACUGUGAGUCUGAGUUGCAUUAAAAAACAGUAAUAAAAAAAACUUUUGUUUCUGCCAAAAGGUAAAAAUAGGAAUAUAAAAUUAUAUAAAAUAAAAAAUUAUAUUAAAAAGUUAUAUAAAAAUAUAACUUUGCUUUUUAAAUUUUUUUUCUGAAGAAUGUGCCUAUUUAGGUAAUACAAACAUUAACCUUUUGUUUUAUGUUUUUAAUUUUUAAAAAUUUAUGAUUCGUAAACUUAAAUCUAGUUCCACAACUGAGAUGAUUAACAUUUUUUCACCUUUCUUUUUCAGUAACUUAAAUGGAUAUUUUAAUAACACUCACUAUAUGUACAUGAAAACUGUUUUUAUCUACUUUUUUAUUUUGUUCAAAUAAAUAUUUUUUACAAUUUAUUCUGGGUGAAAAAAAUGAUAGUCAAACUAGACAUAAAUCUCAUUUGAGUUAAGCUAAUUUGGCUGUUUUCUGAACCUAUUGUUGCAGUUAGCUUUAGAUAUCCAAAAAUGGAUACUUAGUAAAACCUGAGUCUUACAGCUAGCAUGAAAUUUCAGACAGAAAAACUCUGACUCAUUCUACAUGGUAGUUAAUAUUUAAUUGCAGUUGAUAUCACUGCAUUUUAGCCUGCAGUGAUGUGGAAGCAACUUUGGGAGACACAGGAACUGAAAGCUCAAAUAUUUGCUUAAUGAAACAGUUUUAGUACUAAUGAAAUCCUAAAGAAUAACAGUGAUCAUGUUUUACAAAAAUAGACAUGAGUGUGUGGUAAGUAUUGUAAAAUAUUAUAGUCUUAUUUAAGAAACUACUCAGAGCUUAAGGCAGAAGUUGGACAUUUGGGUUUACAGGGUUAUCAGUGUCAUACAGAGAAUUCCUCCCUGGGUCUUUGAUGAAUUCGUUACAUGAGUGUUUCAAAGUACUAUGAAUUACAACCGAACUUGAAUUCAUCUCAAGGCUAAUCCAAAGCUUUCCAAGUUUUCCUCUAAUCAUAGGCAUUUUUUCCUAACUAUAUUGAAGAUAAAGCAUUUAAAAGAAAGUUAAAACUUACUGGAUUAGUUACAUUUAUUAAAUUAAGAAAAGACUAUCUCUUAAAAAUGAGAACUCUGGGAACUUUAAAAAUGUAAAGUUUGUUAUCUUUAUCAAUACAUUAUUGUAUGUUUAACUUAAAACAAGUUAACUAUUCUGUAUUUUAUCAAAGUAAAAACAAGAAUUAUAUCAGAAACCUGAAAUCUAAAAAAAAAAAAAAAAAAAAACUAGCAUGACUGCCUUUGAGCUAGUAGCUGUCCGGACUUAGCAGUGCGCCAUGACACAGACACUGAUGUCAGAGUUUUGAGUUCCAAACUGUAUGUAAAGCUUUGCAACAACGGAACAAUAAGAACAAAGUCAGUAGUACGCCUGCUUUUCAUUUCCUCAGAGUGCUUCUCACGGGCCAUAUUUUACCCUCAGACUUUGCUACUAUGUGAUGAGUUUGUACUUUCCAAUCUUUCCAGAUAGAGAUGCUCAUUUAUUCUCUUUCUGUUUUAUUUGACUAUUCCUGACUUGUUUUUUAGAGUUCUGAUUGCAGAUUUGAAAUUGGGGUGUUCCUGCUGACUUAUGACAGAAGGACGGAUGGUUUUCUCUUACAUUUUGGAAGGCUCUUGAGAUUGUUGGUCGGCCCCAAGUCGCAGUCACCAAAUUUUCUUGUGGAAGGAAACAUCUGUUGGGUCCCAAGUACCUGCAGGAAUUACAAUACAAGAGCACUCGGAGGCAUGGCAUCUGCUCCAUGCUUUUAGCCAAGAUGUGUGGUGCUUCCUUGUAUGAGUCAUUGGGUAUUGAUCUCUUUCAGGUAUCUUUAGUCUUUCUCAGUUCAUUUGAUGAGUUUCCAGUUUUCCCAGGUAACAUCCCUUAAUUUUUUCCAGCUUUUCUUCAUUAAUACUUAAUCCAUUUUAAAGAUUUUAUAUCCCAGAUUUUGAACUUUGAGUUCUGUCUGAUGACUGAAGCAGUGUGAUUUCUUAUUAAAUUCUCUAAAUUUUCUUGACCCGUUGCUUGUUUCUUACUUCAUUCAUUUCUUAGAUUUUUUUCAUUUCCAUUGUUUCCUAAGACAAAUUUCAAGUUGUUACUUCUUUAUUGAAUUACGAAUUUUUAAAAAAUGUAACGUCCUUAUUUUUUCACUUAAAAGACAAGCAUUUCUUCUUUGAGGUUGUUUCAAGACUAAAUUGAGGAGUCCAAUUUCUGCUUACAUUUACAUGUUGUGUGACUCCACUUUUGUUUCUUGGAGCUCCUUCUGCAUUUUACUAACCUCUUCAUGUUUUUACUUUUCUCUAUAAGUAAUUUAUAGUCACUUGUUAUGUUCUGUUAACACCUUAUAUGAAUGAACUGCAUCUGGAUUUCCAACAGUCUUCCACAAACAUCAUAGUUCGUUUGAAAUUUUUCAGUUAUCAAAAUAGUCUCAUAAUUAUGCAAUUCAUAAUUCUCACAGUCUGAUUCAGAUCCCCAGGUGUAAGUGUGAUGGUCAUCCAUAUCAUUUCCAUGUUUUAUGAACAUAUUCUUUCCUGAGCUCUUUUUAUUGCCCUGCUCUUCAUUUUCUUCCUUCUCAAGGGCAAGUUGCUAACCACCAAUCUUUCCACACCUUUCUGCCUUCUGCUGUGAACUCUGAAUGGCUGAGCUUGGGGACGCAGGGAUAUCCUGAGUGGUGUGCGGCUCUGCUCCAUCAUGCGUUUCCUUUACGUACCGUUUGCUCUUCUCUUUUCAUUGUGCCACCAUAUUAUAUUGUGAAAAUAUUUUCUUUCUGCUACAUAUAUUCAAAUUCCUAAAAUGAACUUACAUGCCUCGUUCACUUGUAAAGAGAAACUUUGACCUGGAUAAAAUUUUAAUACUUUUUUGACAGUUUCCAAACACAAUCAUAUUGUUUCUGUAAUAGUAACAUUCCAAAUGUUCUAAGCGUUGCUGAUUGAUGCUUAUUAUUGCUGACUUAGGUUUUACUGGUGAACAUGAAGUUUUUAAAUUUGUAAAACUUAAGUUUUUUCAACUUCUUCAACAUCUUCAAAGUGGUUUCAUCCAUCUAGUGUUAGGGGAAAGCUAGUUUCUGGCAUGACUGUUUGUCUUAAGAUAUGUAAUGGGAAUCUCUUAAGCAUGAAAAAGAAAUGGUUUUGAUAUUGGCCUAGUAGGUUGUUGAUUUCUGUCUUUGGUAGUUACCAAGAUAAAGGUCAAGUCUAGGAAUGGAGGCCAAUAUCAAAGUUCACUUUUAGUCUCAGCCUCCUUCACCAGAGAUUAUAUUAUACUCUUUGUCAGUUUUAGGCUGUUUCUGAGACCUCACAGUUUUCUUGGGGGUCAGAAGCAACAAUCUGUGUUCGGGUACCCAGGUGAUCCUUAUACACAUUAAGAGGCAAUUUAAUUUUUUUAACUUUUAAAAUUAAUGUCUUUUUCCUCACUCCAGCACCUUCCAUGUACCCUUCUUGCUCAAAUUCAUGGGCUCUUUUAAUUUUGUGUUUGUGUGCAUUCCUAAAUACAUAAAGACAACAUGCUAGUCCAUGAAUGUUACCUAUGUGUCUAUUAUUUCAGGGCUGACCACUUGGUAUUGGAUAGCCAAUUGGGGCAUUUUUCCCUCAGGAAGACUUUAUCCCACUCUCAGUAUUCUGUAGUUGACUAGUUUUUUAUCUAUGGUUGAAGCCUCAUAAUCUUAGGGGCUUAUCGGCUGUUUCUCCUCUAUUAUCCAGGUGAGUGUGUAGGUGUGUACAUAUUUGAAAUAAUAAUGAAGAGCCAUAAUUUAUUAAAACUGUUUAAAUAUAUGUGUAUAUGUUAAUUUUCUAGUCAUGUGAUAAAAAUACAUUGGGUACUAUGACUUGGAUUUUUGUUAAAAAACAAAGCAGUUUUUAAAAAUUUUCCUAGUAUCUUACAUGGUGUUGACUUUCUUUAAGGUAAAUUACACUGCAAAUUUUAGUUCAUUAUCAGUUACCUUUAGUCAAGCAGUCUCGUUCUCUUUAGUGACUGCAAAAUCUGGUAAAUGUCUAAGAUUUUUAAAAUAAGAAAAGUGUAGAAAUAAAGAAAUACUGGAUUAAGUCCAAUGAAGAUAUUUAAUGAGAAUCCCAGCAACACAACAGUGAGAAAUACUAAGUGUAAAUUUCUGAUUUAUCAUGUAUAGAGUCUGUUUUUAGGUCUUUACACUAUUUGCAUUUUUUAGUAUUGUAUUCUUACCUGUGUUUUCACAUUGAAUAGGAGAACCUUAGUAAUAUUGGUAAUAAUGGUGUUUUUAGCAAAGCUGUACACAUUGAAGGUGUGGGAGUUUAUGUUACUAUAUUGAUAAGAGAUUUUAUUUGUAGAGAUUUGACUAUUGGAUUUUGGUGUAAAACAGAUUUUGUGUGUAUGUUUCCAUCCCCAACUAAAAGACAUUGGGUUUAUGUUUUAAAUGUUGUGAGGAAAGGCUAUUCAAACACUUUAAAGUUUUUUUCAUGAGUGACAUACUACAUUGGAAGUAGAUGUGAUUGUUACCUGAAGAAUUGUUUUAGUGAAAGCCCGUGGUGGUGGUGGCAUGCCUGUAAUC